AUGAACCAGUCACAAACAAUUGAUUGGGGGACAGUUAAUGCCAGCGGAUUUAUAUUGAACACAACUGAGCAUCACCCUUGCCCAUUGGGUUUCGGCCACUACAAUUCAGUGGACAUAUGUAUCCUGGAAACCACAAUAAUUGUGCUGCUAACCUUUUUGAUCAUCACUGGUAACUUGACUGUCAUCUUCGUUUUUCAUUGUGCCCCACUGCUGCAUCAUUAUACCACUAGUUAUUUCAUUCAGACCAUGGCAUAUGCAGACUUGCUGGUUGGAGUUAGUUGUUUGGUGCCCACCUUAUCUUUGCUACAUUACUCUACAGGAGUCCAUGAAUCUCUGACUUGUCAAGUAUUUGGAUACAUCAUUUCAGUCCUGAAAAGUGUCUCCAUGGCUUGUUUGGCCUUUAUCAGUGUGGACCGGUACCUGGCCAUUACUAAACCUCUGUCCUACAACCAGUUGGUAACCCCAUGCAGACUACGUCUCUGCAUUGUACUGAUUUGGAUUUAUUCCUGUCUGAUCUUCCUGCCAUCAUUCUUCGGCUGGGGUAAACCUGGCUACCACGGGGACAUCUUCGAGUGGUGUGCCAUUGCUUGGCACACUAGUGCCUACUUCACCGGUUUCAUCGUGUGCCUGCUCUAUGCUCCAGCAGCACUGGUUAUAUGUUUUACAUACUUUCACAUCUUCCGUAUCUGUCGCCAACACACCAAAGAAAUUAGUGACCGCCGUGCUCGCUUUCCCAGCCAUGAAGCUGAAUCAACUGGGGAAGCUGGGCCUGGUCACAGCCCGGAUCGACGGUACGCCAUGGUUCUUUUCCGGAUAACCAGCGUUUUCUACAUGCUUUGGCUGCCGUACAUAAUUUAUUUUUUGUUGGAAAGUUGGAGGGCACUGUCAAAUCCAGCCCUGUCCUUUCUUACCACCUGGUUGGCCAUAAGCAAUAGUUUCUGUAACUGUGUAAUUUACAGCUUAUCCAACAGUGUUUUCCGCCUUGGUCUUAGGAGGCUGUCCGAAACAAUCUGUUCACCAUGUAUGUGUUCUAAAGACAAAAAAGAUCGGGACCCUAAGCCCCGAAAGCGUGCUAACUCGUGUUCUAUUUAA